UGGCCGCCUCGAGAAGGCCGCGGCGCCCGUGCUCCCCCUUGCCUGGGCCGGCCCCGUGUCCCGGGGCUAGGAUGCGCCCGCUCGUCCCCCGGCACCGGCAGGCAGCUCCCGGCCCGGCCCGUGGCUGAGACACCCCCAACGGCGGCGAGUAUGGCCUCACAGCUGCAGGUAUUCUCCCCCCCAUCAGUAUCUUCGAGUGCCUUCUGCAGUGCCAAGAAACUGAAAGUGGAGCCCUCUAGCUGGGAUGUUUCAGGACCGAGUAACGGUGACGAGUAUUACAGUCACAGCAAAAACCUCCCAGGUGCUCAAGGGCCAGCCAGCUCUUCUCACCAGGUAGCAAACUUCAGCAUCCCUGCUUAUGACCAGAGCCUCCAUCUCCCUGCUCCUUCAGUUGAGCACAUUGUGGUCACAGCAGCCGACAGCACAGGCAGUGGUGGAACAACAUCUUUCCAAAGCAGCCAGGCCCUAACACACAGGGCUAACAUUGCUUUGCUGGAACCGUACCAAAAAUGUGGAUUAAAAAGGAAAAGUGAGGAAGUUGACAGCAACGGUAGCGUGCAAAUUAUUGAGGAACAUCCACCUCUCAUGCUGCAAAACAGACCUGCGGUGGGUGCUGCGGCCACUACCACCACUGUAACAACGAAAAGCAGUAGUUCCAGUGGCGAAGGGGAUUACCAGCUGGUCCAGCAUGAAAUCCUUUGUUCCAUGACAAACAGCUAUGAAGUCCUGGAGUUCUUGGGCCGAGGGACCUUUGGGCAGGUGGCAAAAUGCUGGAAGCGGAGCACCAAGGAGAUUGUAGCUAUCAAAAUCCUGAAAAACCACCCUUCCUAUGCCAGGCAGGGGCAGAUCGAAGUGAGUAUCCUUUCCCGGCUGAGUAGUGAGAAUGCUGAUGAAUACAACUUUGUCCGCUCUUAUGAGUGUUUUCAACAUAAAAACCACACAUGCCUGGUGUUUGAGAUGCUGGAACAAAACUUGUACGACUUCUUAAAACAAAAUAAGUUUAGCCCCCUGCCUCUGAAAUACAUUCGGCCAAUUUUGCAGCAGGUGGCCACUGCCUUGAUGAAACUGAAAAGCCUGGGUCUAAUACAUGCUGAUCUGAAGCCUGAAAACAUAAUGCUGGUUGAUCCUGUACGCCAGCCAUAUAGGGUGAAGGUCAUAGACUUCGGCUCUGCUAGUCAUGUGUCGAAAGCUGUGUGUUCCACUUACUUGCAAUCACGCUAUUAUAGAGCUCCUGAAAUCAUCCUUGGUUUGCCAUUUUGUGAAGCUAUUGAUAUGUGGUCGCUGGGCUGUGUGAUAGCUGAGCUGUUUCUUGGAUGGCCAUUGUACCCAGGAGCAUCAGAAUAUGAUCAGAUUCGUUACAUUUCACAAACGCAAGGACUUCCAGCUGAGUACUUACUGAGUGCAGGAACGAAAACAAGCAGGUUUUUUAACAGAGAUCCAAACUUGGGAUACCCAUUGUGGAGACUAAAGACUCCAGAGGAACAUGAAUUAGAGACGGGAAUAAAAUCAAAGGAAGCUCGGAAGUACAUUUUCAACUGUUUGGACGACAUGGCGCAGGUAAAUAUGUCUACAGAUUUGGAGGGAACAGACAUGUUGGCAGAGAAGGCGGAUCGGAGGGAGUACAUUGAUUUGUUGAAGAAAAUGUUGACAAUUGAUGCAGAUAAGAGGAUUACUCCGCUGAAGACUUUGAAUCAUCAGUUUGUGACAAUGAACCAUCUACUGGAUUUCCCACAUAGCAACCAUGUGAAAUCCUGCUUUCAGAACAUGGAGAUAUGCAAGCGAAGAGUUAAUAUGUAUGACACAGUUAAUCAGAUAAAAAGCCCAUUCACAACACAUGUUGCACCGAACACAAGCACAAACCUCACCAUGAGUUUCAACAACCAGCUCAAUACUGUGCACCAUCAGGCUAGUGUUUUGGCUUCUAAUUCUACAGCUGCUGCUACUCUGUCUCUGGCAAAUUCAGAUGUUUCACUGCUGAAUUAUCAGUCUGCUCUCUACCCAUCAUCCGCAGCACCAGUUACUGGUGUGGCGCAGCAGAGUGUUUCCUUACAGCCUGGAACUACUCAGAUCUGCACCCAAACGGAUCCAUUUCAGCAAACUUUCAUUGUGUGUCCUCCUGCUUUUCAAACUGGUCUUCAGGCAACCACAAAGCAUUCUGGCUUCCCUGUUAGGAUGGACAACACUGUUCCAAUUGUGCCACAAGCACCAGCAGCUCAGCCAUUGCAAAUCCAGUCCGGAGUUCUCACACAGGGAAGCUGUACACCACUAAUGGUAGCAACUCUUCAUCCUCAAGUAGCCACCAUCACGCCGCAGUAUGCGGUGCCUUUUACUCUGAACUGCGCAGCCGGCCGGCCAGCGCUAGUAGAACAGACGGCUGCAGUACUGCAGGCUUGGCCUGGAGGCACCCAGCAGAUCUUGUUGCCUUCUACCUGGCAACAACUUCCAGGGGUUGCACUGCACAAUUCUGUUCAGCCUACAGCUGUGAUUCCAGAGGCAAUUGGAAGCAACCAGCAGUUGGCCGACUGGAGAAACGCCCAUUCACAUGGAAAUCAAUACAGCACAAUCAUGCAGCAGCCAUCUUUGCUGACCAACCAUGUGACUCUGGCUACAACCCAGCCUUUGAAUGUUGGAGUGGCUCAUGUUGUGAGGCAGCAGCAAAAUAAUGCCGUGCCAGCAAAGAAGAACAAACAGCCAUCUCAUAGUGCCACAAAGCCUGCAUCUACACUAGAGGCAAUUCCAUCUCAAGUCUACUCUCUAAUUGGAAGCAGCCCUCUGCGUGCCACAUCUUCUUCCUCCAAUGCUUUCCUUCCGGGGCAGGAGCAGCACCAGCCCAUAGUCAUUCCAGACACUCCCAGCCCCCCAGUCAGCGUAAUCACCAUCCGCAGUGACACUGAUGAAGAGGAGGACAACAAAUACAAGCCUGCAAGCUUGGGCCUGAAGCAGAGAUCUAACGUCAUCAGCUACGUUACCGUUAACGACUCUCCUGAUUCAGACUCCUCGCUGAAUAGCCCCUAUGCAUCGAAUGCGCUUUCCACCCUCAGGAGCUCGGGGGGGACUCUAGAGCCAAGCCGAGGGGCAGCUGAAAGCUCCAACUCCCGCACCAUUAUUGUGCCUCUCAAAACACAGCUCAGUGACUGUAUCGUAGCCACCCAGGCCUCAGGUGUCCUGAGUAGCCUGAGCAAGACCAAGCCGGUGGCAUCUGUAAGUGGACAAGCAUCAGGGUGCUGUAUCACGCCAACAGGAUACCGACAACACCGGGUGGUGACAAAUGGUGUACAGCCGCUCAACCUUAGCCAGAACCAACAAGGAACUGUACUGGCUUCACAAGAGAGAAGUGGAAACCCAGCUCCACGGAGACAACAGGCCUAUGUCGCUCCCCUGCCAACAACAAUCGCUCAGGCUCCCUACACGUUCCAGCAUAGUAGCCCAGUGCAUCCCCACUUGGCAGCAGCAACGGCGAGCCAGCCUCACAUGUACACCUACGCACCUACUACUGCUGCCACACUGGGCUCCACCAACUCCAUUGCGCAUCUCUUUUCCCCUCAGGGCUCUUCCCGGCACACCACAUACACAACCCACCCGAGCACUCUUGUGCACCAGGUCCCAGUCAGUGUGGGGCCCAGCUUACUAACCUCUGCCAAUGUAGCACCUGCUCAGUAUCAGCACCAGUUUGCCACCCAAUCCUAUAUUGGUGCUUCCAGAGGAUCUGCUAUUUACACUGGAUACCCACUGAGUCCUACCAAGAUUAAUCAGUACUCUUACUUGUAGCUUUUGGGCAGGGAUUAAUCGUAGAAGUGAUGAGAUCUGCAGUGGGUUUUGCAAUAUUCUAACAGCUCCACAACAGCAACUUCUGCAGAAUCAGAGGAGAAUAAUGGGACCACAUUCCUCUUGUUGACAAUUCUCUGUGUGCUGUCCAGAGUCUGGUUGUCACUUGGUGGAGCCCUACUGUUUGGGGGAAAGCUCAGGUAAUGACCGGGCAGAACCUUUUGAGUCACAUUCAGAUUUUACAGUUAAACUUUCAUGGAUGCUUUAAAAAAGAACAUCAAAGGCCUGAACCCCCGUUUAUUUAAAGCUAUUGUUAUGUUAAUCAAAUGGGGGAAAGGAAACAAAGGACUUUGUGAAAAGGCUGGAUUUUUUUUAAACUCUUAAACUUACCUUAGUACUUGUUUAAAUUAUUUUAGCAGCUUGCACAAAUCCAUAUUGCCACUAAAAAUGCACAUUUAACUCUAGGUUGCUAGGGCAGAUUUAUAAACUUGAGUUAGUAUUUUAAAGUUAAUUUUGUAAUUCACAUUCUUGAUAGGCAAUAGCUGAAUUCUGCAAAAGCAGUUACCUUCUCAUUUCUCUGUGUGUAUAUUUUAUAUAUGUAUAUAUAUAUCUAUAUAUAUAUUUCGCUCCCCAGUUUCUUGGUUUUAAUUGUCUUUUGUUUAAAGCUAGUGUAGCAAUUUUUAUUAUUGGUCUCCAUUUACACCAUAAAUCUUUUCCCUCUCCUUUUAAAAAUUUAAUGUAUGAAUCUCCAAAAUAAAGUUGAGUUUUUUUUAAAAAAAAAAAAACACAGAAAGUAUGAAUUUACUUUCUGUUGUAUGUGUGAUCACAGCCUAGAAUAUGGUUUUUGACUGUUUUGCCAGAAAGCUCUUGUUCUGCGCUGGAAAUGCAUAGGUUUGCAUUAUGACUUGAGGGCAGGAGCCACUGGGAACUACUUCUGAUUGGGACUUGCUGAAUUGAAUAGGAGAUAACGCAUCACCUGUUCAUUUCCAUAGACUUCAUCAGGAACUCAGACAAUUAUACCCUUUGUUUGAUUUUUAAAAAAUAACAUUUGGAGCUGGAUUCCUUUCCCAGAAAUGCAGGGGUCUCUUUCCCUUCAUAUCUUUCCUUUCCUGAUCAAUUUAGCUGAGGAAUCCGAAAUUCACCAAAACAUCAACCUACUGAUAUGUACAACUUUUUAUACUCCUGCAAGCAUAUCCCUCUGGGGUCUUCUUGGCAGAAAACUUUAAAGCGCUCUUAUUAAGACUUGUAUACAGUAAGUGCAUGUAGGAAUUGCAAAAACAUGACACAUAAAUUGCAGAUUUUAAAGGUUUAUUACUGAAUUUAAAACUAUUUUAGAAGUUUUGUAAUGGUGGUGUUUUAAUAUUUUACACAAAAUGAAAUAUGUACAUAUUGAUUAGAACAAAAUAUAACAAGCAAAAUUUCCUGCUAAUCCCAAAUGUUCUGUCUUUGUAAUCAAAAUGUGUAGUGAUUAUACUUGAACUCUGUACUUAGUGUUCGUCUAACUCUUAAAUGUUUCUGGGGAUGAAAUUUAUCUAUUCCUUUGUAUUUAAACCAAAAUGAGUUGAUACAUGUUGGAAUGUAUGUGAAAUAAUGCAAUUGUCUAGAGCUCAUCACUGUAGCACUGAGAGAGAGAAAAAUGGAGCCGCAUGAGAGACAAGGAUACCUUCUGAUUUGUUUUGCACAGGUAUGUGUGACUGGUGUGUCCCCCACCCCCACCCCCAAAUAUUGUAGUGCCUUAAAUGAUUAUGUAGUGUGACUAGAGUUUACAGUGAGCUUGCCUUAUGAUGGACCAGCAAGCCCCUCCGCUCUCCGUCAAACUGAAGCAAUUCAUUGAGCAUAUCCAACUGAGGAUACAUAAGUGGUAAAAAUAGGUUGCUUUAAGUUUCAAUGCCAACAUAAAUGAAGCUGUUGGAAUAAUCCGGCCAGAGUUAAGUAUUUCUUAUGUCUGUUGAUUUUAGCUAGAAAUUUAAGGGUGUGCUAAACACAUUCCCACUGAAAUUGAUAGCCUCAGUUCAGACAUCAAAGCCAAACAGGGUUUCUGCUAACCAUAGUUUAAAACUGAUGGUACAGAGCUGCUUGUCUGCUUUUAUUUUUGGUCCUCCGUGCACUCAAAUUCAUGUAUAUGUAGGUUUCCUCCUCAAUUGCUCAGCAGUCUUAAGGAGGCAGAGCAAUGACUAAGUCAUUGUCAAUUCAUGCAUCACCAUAGUUUGUAAAGCCAUGGUUUCUGAUUCCCUGGUUUACUGACCGAUGGCCAACAAUGACUUGUCCAUUCAGAUAUUUUGCCAAACUAUAAUGUUUCUUAACCGUGGGUUGGUGUGAUGUCUGAAUUGAGCUAGUGAGACUUAAACCUACUUCAGUUUAGCUGGAUUGUGUCCUAGGUAUUUUAUUUGGAGUAAAGUUUUCCUCAUCCCACCCCUGAUGUUACCUAUACUGUUAGCUGUCGAUGCAUCUUUAAUAGGGUAUUGUGCUGGGAAUGCAUUGGGAAAUUUAUCUGAUGUUGCAAAG